AUGUCAGACAUGUCCGAAGCGGAAGAGAACGUUUCUGUACCUACUGACAAUGAUCUGCCCCAAGAAAACACUCAACCAGCACACUUAGGACGCAAUGAAACAAGAACCGAAACAAGUUCUGCAAGCAAAACCCGUAGUGGACGGUUAGUUAGAAAACCUGACAGGCUAGGUAUAGACACAUAAGGGGACGCGAUAUAUAUGGUAUAUUUAUAAAGAAAAAAAACUUUAAGCGAAGAGGAGAUGUUGGAUAUUUACUGCUGACAUUAAUAUUUUAGUUAUAUUUGCUCCGACAGGGGAAACAGGGAACAAAGAAAAAAGGCGCGAAAAUAGGUGUAGGACACGGCAUUUUAGAGAAAGAGUAUAUACAUGUUAUGAGUUUAUAUUAAGCGAAUUAUACUAUAAGAAAUAAAACUUUCAAAAGUAAUGAAAGUGACAAGCAAAUAACAUUAUUAACCAAUUUUUUGUGCUCUUUUCAAAUUCGUAAAGAUCCCACAAGUGAUAUAGGCACUUUAACCACAAAAAUUGGCAUCUCCAUUAUAAAUUGACAUCGCUCUUUAACAACAGGGCGCUUAAUUGAAAUUAAUAGAGGAUUUGCAUUGUGGCUUUAUAUAAGUCUUCUAUAUCAUACCUGUUUAUUUUAUAUAGGUGCCUCUUAGCGUACAUAUUUAUACCGGUUAUUCAGAAAGAAUUAGACACUUUUCGUUAUUCAGUUUGGAAUUCCCAUAGAGUAAGGAAACAAAAGGAUGCAAGAUUACCUAAAGGAAUACCGGAUCAAUGGUACUCCUUUCCAGAGAGAUAUGGUGCAGAGGAAUGUGGUACGUAUUGCAGGCUGUGGUCUAACAACAGUAGUGGUACCCCCCAUUUGGGGACGGAAGUAAUUAGCAUGCAAACUUAGGUUUCGGAAGUAAUUAGUAUGCAAGUCUAAUUUGGCAUCGGUAGUAAUUAGUAUGCAAGAUUGAUGACGUCACUCGGGCAAGCCUGGAUCAAAUGUGACAGGUAACGCGACCAAUUAACGCGGGCAAGCCUGGGGCAAGUGUGGCAGGCAACGCGACCAAAUGUCUGAAACAGUCAUUAAGCAGAGCUCAGAAUUUUUAGUACAAAAGACAAUCGCUUGCUAUAGCUAUAUUGCCAUUUCGCUGUGAAAGCCGUACGAUGGAGUGUCUGCACGGAAAAACCGCAUCUUACAAUUUAUUAGAAGGAAUAUAUACGAAUGCUGUCGCACAUGAAGUUCAAAGACUUUGUGUGAAAUCCUGUAUUGGUUGUUAAGUCGGUCAUCUUAGUCAAAGGCAACAUGACUCUCUCGUGAUGAACGAAAACGAACGAUGGCAAAUGUAUGGUUUACAAGCGAUCGAACGAGUGAAUGCUAAGCGUAUGGUUUGGCGUGAAUCCGCUGAGGCAAUAGGGUACUUAAACUGAGGGUUGAGAGAGAUGUACUCGAACAUUUACAGCAAAUAGAAAAAGAUCCAGAUUCAACGCUUGUCAAUUCAUUGAUGGAACUACAUCAGAACACUGAGAACCACGAACUACAAUGUAUACUGAACUAUUUGUUUCAUUGGAGAUUAGAAGAUCCGCUCGAGUCAGCAGCUGAAGCGUUUUUCUUUUGCCCACCGAGCUACAUGUAUUCUGUGAAAGCGACGGGUGAACGAUUUAGAAGUUUUGAGGCCGAUCAUAAAAUUGCUUAUCAGGGAUUCUUGGAGAAAAAAACUUGUAGAACAGUUUAACAAACAGUCUUAGUUGUAAUAUCUUUUGAUACUAUCGUCUGUUAUUUGUAUCAAUAAACAUGUUUUAAACUUUGCAAAUGUUGCGUUGUUAUGUGUUGCUAAGUCAUUAGGUGGCGUAUAGGUAAUUAAGGGAUUAGGCGAACAAUAAGCAUAAUUUGCAUAACUAAGUGUAUCCCAAUGGAAAGAUAGGGAUAUAAUUACGUGUUUGGUGUACGCAUAGUUUAUUUGAUUUUUAUGUCAAGGAAACUGUAAUGCCUUGGUGGCCGAAUGGUAUGCCAUUGAGGUUUGUCCCAUAAUAAGGGGGGUUCGAGUCCCUCACAUGGCGAAAUUUUUAUCGAAAUGUAUAGCAGAGUUAUACCCAUCUGGGAAGAGAUAAGCCGCGUAUAGCAGAUAGAUUUAUUACGGGGGCGUAAGACAUUAAAAGCGGACGCGUGGCUUUGCGGGCAAAAAUUUACACAGGAAUUUAUAUUUAAAACACAUUUAUUUCUUCAAAACGUUUGAUAAAAUUUAGUAAGGUCUAUUUUUAAGAGCGUAACGUCUACAAUUAGUUUCAAAAGUCUUGGGACAGAUGCCACAAAACCUUUGAAUUUGAACAAACGUCAAUCCCCUCCUGCACCCUGUUCAAUGAUGUGCCCUAUUCCCCGUCAGGUUUGAUGUGUUUUUGUUGGAGCAACAUUGAUUGGUGUGGGGGGAGGGGGAGAGGAUUUUGUGUGUAAAAAACUGUAAUGAUCCACUUACAAUCUAAAACUACAUGUGUCCCAACAACUUCUGAAAGUGAUUGUAGCUGGUGUUUUUGUUAUUUUUAAAGUGUUCUCAUAUUCUUGUCUGUCUUCUGGGAAUAACUUUGCAAGUUUCUCCGGCUUCAUUGGAAUAUAUUUUGGUCUUUCAUUUAGUAAAUAACGUUUAUAACGCUCUCUUUCCUUCGGUUUCAUCAUAGCCAGAUAACUUUCUUUCCAAUCAGCAGAAUCUACCCAAUUGUGAAAAAAGUUGCACUUGAGUUUUGGUCGUUCCUCUUCUGUUGGUGGUGGCGUAAGGAAAUUAGGUUUAGGAGUAGCAGGUACUGGUGGUGUCUCAACAGAUUCAUUAUGUUGCGGCAUCUCUACAGGCGUUUGCAGUAGCGUAGACAGCCCGACAAUUUAGUCCCGCUAUGCAAAUAUUUUCGUGUUUACUGACUGUGAAAACAAUCAAUUUCUAAAGAAAUGAAUAAUGAUAAUAAUUUUGAAUUUGCAUAGCGGGACUAAAUCGUCGGGUUGGCUACGCCACUGGGCGUUUGUGGGAUACUUUCAGCGGGAAUUCCAGGUGAAGAAUGUGCCAUCUUAUUUUUGAAUGUCAGAAACCAGUUUAGUUGAUCAGAAUAUAAUUUGCUUUCUUCCACGGCGCUAAGCUGUGGCGCUUCCAUGUUUUCUUUCAUUCGCUGCUCGGCAUCAUACAUGGCAUUUAGAAGCGGUGGCUGUCGAUAUGAUUGUUUUUGUAUAAACUUUGCAAUCUCGCCGGGAAGUAUAUUCGUCUUAAGUCGAUCCUGAUCACUCGGAUUUGAUCAAGGGAUAGCUACUAAUCAAAGAAUCAGUACGGAAUUUCCACUGGCAAGAUCAUAAACUGUUAAGGAAUUUCCAUUAGGCCAUCAGCCACUCAGCAGAUUUUGACUUUUCGUUUCCCCCACACAGAGACAACAAUUUGACGGGUGCAAAUGUUGCUUAAAAGCUUAUAAGGUCGAAUAACAAAAUGUUGUAAUCGAUAACACCUGCAGUUUUGCCAAAAAUUGGCCUUCAAAUUAUGUAAUUUUUACAUUAUAUCGUCGCCAUUUUUUCACGCAUUUCGAAGCAGUGCUUCCAUUUGCAAUUAAGAAAAUUUGCAAGGAAAAUUAGGAAAUAAAAAGCAAGGAAAUAAAAUUUAGAAGGAAAUGGCAAUGAAUUUUGUUGUCAGGAAGGGAAUAAGAGGGAUAUAUUACGUUAUUUCUAAUAAAUCCUAAGAUUACAGCAUUUUCCAAGCAAACUCGAUUCAGAAAAUGUCGAAAAUCCUAUCCUGUAAAAUGGAAAAUCCGAAAAAAUUUUGAGGGAUGACCAACAGCUGAAAAAUUUGUUGCGCAUGCGCCAGACUUCCAUUGAAACUUGAAGAUUUCCGUCAUUUCCCUGGACUCCCGAAGAAAUAAACGAAAUGUUCGUGGUUGUUGUAUAUUUUUGAAUAUCUGUUUAACCUUUAUAAUUUUUUUUGCUUAACACAAAGUAGAAUAUACUCUACGUAUCCUGUGUAUAGAAUAUCUCGUUUGAACAGCAAUAGAAUAUUAUAAUCUUGGCAAAACAAGAAGACAUUUGACACGCUGAAUCUGCUUUAUCUACAGUCAUUCCUGGCAAUGGUCGCAAGCCUGACAGCUAGCCUUGUCAAUCGGGAAACAAGUACAAAUUUGAGUUCAAACAGAAAGAAGUCACGAUUUUAAUACAACUAACAUAUCUUCUAUACAAAUACGGCUGUUUUAAAAUGUUUUCAAUUUGAAUUUUCAAACUGCUUUUAUCUAUCGACAUCAGUGGCGUGCUGGCAGGGGCACAGCUGGUACUUGGGGGCGCAGAAAUGAAAAGGGGGCGCCGAUCCCGCGUCGAAUUUUGAAAGUGGGUGGGAAAAUACGCAUUCGAAAAAAUAUAGUUACUUCUGCCAAGAAAACGACAAAGUGAUAUAUUAAAUUACAGACUAUUUUGUCUAUUAAGCCGUUUUGCUAAUUUGCUACUUCACGGCGCACACGAAAUCAUUUAUAUAGGAACAUGAUUAGUGAUCAAACGCAAUGUCUCAUUACCGAAAUAUUGGUCAGGUUUGGAAGCGAUCACGGGAAUUAUGCCCUUUUUUGCUGCUAUUAUGCCCUUAUAUUACGCCCUUUAUUAUGCUUCACGAGAGCGGCGCAAAUUAGAUAGUUGAAGUUAUCAUAAUGUAGUGUACACAAUUUAGUUGUUUGCGCAAGAAACAUCAUGAGUAAUGUAAGUAAUGAAAUAAUGCUGAAACGCGCCCUAUUGGCAGCCAGGCAAGGAAAUCUUAAAAUGCAUAUGCGUGGGGUCCGUGUAUUAUUGUAUAAAAGAGCUGUAAGUUGUAAAUGUAUUCAGAUCACUAGAUCAGUAGAGAAUAGAAUUGGGAUUAGAUUAAUUAAUCGCUGGAAGUGGUUAGCAUUGCAUAAUUUAAGUACAAAUUGCAAAUUUCCACACGUUAUAAUGCUAUUUCCUGACCAUCAGAUUUCUGUCAAAUCGUCCCCCAAAGUCCAGGAAAUGGCAUUUUAGAGACUCUAAAUUCAAAAAUCUUCCUGGGGGGCAUGCCCCCGGACCCCCCUAGACAAACCUCGUAGGCCUACCUUCGGCGCUCGGCUCGUGCCUUCGGCCCUCGUUUAUCAAGUGUAAUAUUGUAGGGGCGCAUAUUGGUUGACAGCCCACUGCCCCCCCAGAAAAAUAGUACCCAGCACGCCACUGAUCGACAUGAUAAUCAAACUGUGCAAAUGCCGGCUUUUGUUGAGGCUUGCGAAUGCAAAAUAACUUCCCGUAAACCGAGCAUUUCAACACCGCAAACUCUCGCUUAGUCUUCUGAUGCACUUGUACGUUCGGUUCUACCAGUUAAACAAGGAAAAUAUUCAAGAAACUCUGGUAAAUUAUGGUUGUCAAAAAACAUUUCAGUGCUGAGGCAGUACAAGGUCUCAAGACCAAGGUCAAGUUGUCGAUUUCAUUACAUUUUACAGUGCUUCGUAGCCUGCGAAUACAGACUCUAUUUAUGUCGCUUAUUCCACUUGGAGGGGGGGGAGGGGACGCGAUAAAUAAGUUUUCCCCCAAGUGGAAUAAGCGACAUAAAUGUAGACUGUUUCGCAGGCUAAGUUCUUCGAUGUUCUCGAAUUCUUGCUUCAUACAAGAGCAGUAAACGCACGCAUUUCAAAGCGAAAUUAGGCGCAAAGGGGCAAUUUUUCAUCAAAAUUUGUUGUUAAAUUCUGUUUCGUUAAUUAAAACUAAAUUUUCAAAACACUAAAAAAACUAGUAAGAAGAUAAAAACCUUACUAAUUUGAUUUUCAUUUUGGACAAAUUUUGAUUAAUGUUAAUAAACAUGUUUAUGGAAACAAUCGCUUGACGUCCGCAUUGCGCUUAAUUCCGUUGAGGCAUGCAUAAAUCUGCCUUCCUUUGAAACGCAUGCUGGAACGCCCAAUUCAAGGUAUUAUUACGACGGAAACAUUUUACUCCUUUCCCCAGUCUCUCUACAGGAGAUUUAUUGUCCGAAAAAUAAAGUUGCUACAGUUAACUAUUUGCAGAUCAAACAUUGACUAAAAAUGCUUACUCAGCAUUUUUCCAAAACUUUGGUCAGCAAUAUUUCAGUAACAAUUGACCGUACCGGAUUAUCGUAAUAUAGUUUUUUUGUACACAUGUGAUGCUCUAUCUGUCAGUAUUUUCAAAGUUUUGAAUUUCAAAUAUUUUUAGUUUUCUCAUCUAUGGAUGACGUCAUACAUAGAUAAAAGCAAUUUUCUCGAGACCUGCAUGUUUGCCGAAGUACAACAUUGGUGUUUUAUCAUUGAAAUGGAUCCACUCAACAUAUAAUGAAAUCAAAAUAUGGUCUCCGUGGGGGGGAAACGAAACUUGCUUUCCAGCUUCAUUCUCGCGAGUGGCUGAUGGCCUAUAUCCAUACAGUAAAUUUUUAACAAAUACUGCCGCACAGAAAAAUGAUGAUUGGGAAGCAAGUGCCCUUUUGAAAUGGCUGCCCCCGCCGCUUCACAUUGCUUUCGGCACCCCUGCAGGCUAUAACUAUAAGUGUUAUCCGGUGUAAAUUAUAAUGAAAACUUCAUCAAUAAGGCAAUAUAAUUGAUGGAUAAGCAAACAAAAACUAUCGUAAGUAUAUACGAACAAUAAACACCAGCGAGAAGGAGGGAUUUUAUGUCAUCUGACGUAAAUCCCAACUUUCGACUAUAGGUGUUUAUCAUAGUUAAUUCAUCAUUGAGGAGGUUUUCUGAGUUUUCAUCUUUUCAGCUAAUUAGUAUUCAAGGUGAUUGAUUAAAAAUAUUCACCUCGGUACAUCAAAGAAAACCGACUCAAUAAUGAAUUAAUGUAUGUUAUGUAACACGCGCUCAAAACGCUCAAAACUAACGACUUUACUUUUCCACUUGGUUAUGACUAUAUUCAAUUUUUAAAUUUUUUAUACGUUUCCCAAGCAGCAAAACAAACUCAGUGCUUUAAUAUCUAGUAUAAAAUAAUGCUAGAAGUUCACUACUGACUAGUUCAGUAAGUUUUGCUUACUUUGCUUCAUUUCAAUUUUAUAUCAUCAAUGAUCAUUGUUUUUAAAUUUACAAUAUUCAUGUAAACUACAAAAUGAAAUUAAAGCAAAGUAAUUUUGAGAGGAACGCCAAACUCAUUUUCAUAGAUUUUGAACACUUCAUCGUAUUAUGUGAAAAAGUUGCCUCUUAAUAACUAACUCCAGUCAAUCAAAAUUGUACGGUUUGUCUUUUGAACUGGAAAACAAGUGAGUUGAAAGCUAGAGAAGUGGGCGGGGACGCAAACAACUUGAUUUUUUUAGUUGGCUUAAUCGUCCCCUGUUGUAGUAGAGAGGCUUUCUAACCCAGGACUUUGCCGACUUAUUUACGUACUUGCUUAUUUUCAGGUAGUGAUAGAGAUAUAAAAGAUGGUGUGCGUACCAUUAUUGAUCUUUCUUUGCGUAAAUGUGUGUUUUGAUAUAACUAAAGGUAAGUCCAACUAAGCCGUAUGAAUGUUUCGAACGAGAUAUUGCAUACAGUAGCAUGUCACUGAGAGAUGCUGAAACGACUAGAGGUCAUGGCUGGGGGAGGAGGGAGGACAAUUCUUCGUAAAGGGGCACUUUUUAAUUGACAUAAAUCUGGAGUUGGAGUGUGAGGGUGUCAAAAGAUUUUUCCUAAAUUGAAACUUCAAUGUUAUAAGGGGUCGGCCAUUUAACUUUUGAGGGGGAGGGGGGGGGGGUGAUUUACUGCUGGAAGGGUUUUUCCUAUCUUAUCACCAUGUACGAUAUUUUUUGCCACUCUUUCUUUCGCAGCAUUUUUUUUCAAUAGCUUGUACUAUUUAGAUUCUUUAAUAAUAGUUAACGUUGAGUUUUCUAGCUUCAUGCAUUGCUUUUAAUAGUACAUGUUGCUAUGAGGUAUAACAUUUGGUUCUGGGCCUCUUAAACUUUAAGGAUGUGUAACUGGAGGGGACAUAUUUAGCGGGGGACCUGGAGAUGUUCCAGUCGGCAAGUCUGUAUCACUGCAGCUACCAGCAUAUAUAUGCAAGGUUUAACUAAUAAGUAUACGUUAUAGGGCGGCAGAUUAGGACAUAACUAGGAUUCUGAGACAACCGAGUCGACCACCGAAGGUGCGAGCCACUAGUGGGGUCUGGGGGCACGCCCCCCAGAAAAUUUUGAAUUUCUUGAAGCUCAGAUAAGCUAUUUCCAGCAUUUUGAGGAGUUUUCCAACAAGAAAUUAACCUUACACUAGUCCCUGAAAAUCAAACCAGCUGAUCUUCUGGGACUGGUAAAAUCGAUCCCUGCAAUCAUUCUGUUUUGCAACAUUUUUUCCCAUCAAAUACUGGGGCAAGAUACCCCCCCCCCCAGUUUGUUAGUGCAGGUAUUGUUUUUCGUUCAGAAUAGCCUUGCAGGCUAGUUCACCCCCCCCCCCCUCAAAAGUUAAAUGGUCAGCCCCUAAAUUUACCUGUUUCCCUUCAAUGUAUUCAUUAUCAUUUGGAAUUGCUAUAAUAAAACACGAAUUUCGUAUGUGUUUCUCAAGCGGAUAAAGAGUGGAAUCGUAACUUCUUAAUUAGGCUCAUUGACAUAUUGAGAAAAUAUUUUAACGUUUUAUUUAUUUUCACGUUUUACGUUGAUCAAAUUUGGCGAAUAUUCUUCCACACGUGCGGGCUCGUAUUGUUAGCAGACAUCUUAAAAAUUGACUGCUGUCUCAGCACCCGUUCCGCACGUUGUCAACAAUAUAGUAUUGUAAUUAUCAACCGUUAUCAGCAAUAAGUCAGAUGCAAAGCUUUCAAUUUUUUAUCGUACGUCCACUGAAAGUACGAGCCUGCUGUACUGAAAGAAAAUUUGACCAGCGUGUUUACACACGUGCAGGAUUCGGGUCAACUUUGCGUGGCAUAUAUAACACAGUGUUUGGGUUUUUCUCGUCUAUCAUGUUCCCUGAUAAGUGUAAAGAGGGAUAGAUAUUGUCGUAGUGUAUAAUGCAAUAGUGUAUGCGUAGUGUAAUAUCGCGUUAAAUCCGAUUUACCAACGGUGGACCAACAGCCUUUUCUCCGUUUCCAUAUGUGUCGUUCGGAUUAUAACAUUAUAGAAUAGCGAACAGGUUUAUUACAUUCCAUCUUCUAUUCCAUUCCAAAUUAGUCUACUCUAUUCUAUUCCGUAGAAUUUCAUUUUAUACGAUUCCAUUCCAUUUUGUUCUAUUUCGGGUUUUUUUCUAUUCCAUUAUAUUCUAUUCCAUUCCACUUUAUCCUAUUUUUUUCGUUCCCAUUACAUUAUGUUUCAUCCAAUUUUAUUAUCUAUAUAUACCAUUAUAUUCUUUUCUACUUUAUUCUAUAUCAUUUAUUUUUUCAUCUUUUUUAUUCUAUUGUAUUCCAUUUUAUCCUAUUCUAAUCGGUUCUUUUCCCUUCCAUUCUAUUCACUAUUCUAUUCUGUUUUAUUCGACUUUAUAUAUUCUAUACUAUUAUAUUCCAAUCUGUUCUAUUCCAAUCUAUUCUAUUCCAUUCUAUUCUAUUCUAUUCCAGCAACUGAUGGAAUAAAAACGAACACAACUCUCAAAUCUUCAGUAGUCAAAAAGAAGAAUGUAGAACAUGAAGAACACAAACUUCCGAGCAAAAGAAUGAUGAGCAAUUAUAAGAAAUCUUCUUGGAGCACGGGAAACUGGGGUGGUGGCGGCGGAGGGCAAGGAGGAGGAGGGGGGAGCAGUUGGCAGAGCAAAUGGGGUCAGGGUGCUGGCCAGGGGAAUAUGGGAAUGGGUGGUGGAGGAGGGGACAAAAGUUGGCAAAGCCAAGGGAGUUUUGGAGGUGGUGGACAGGGUGGAAAGGGAGGGGCUAGUGGUGGUCAGGGAGGAGCUGGUGGUGGUCAGGGAGGGACUAGUGGUGGUCAGGGAGGUGGGAUGAGUGGCGGGAUGGGUGGUGGGUUUGGAGGUCAAAUGGGAGGGGCUGCGGGCCAUGGUGGUGGUGGAGGAGGAGCGCGUGGUGGUGGUGGAGGAGGAGGGAUAAGUGGUGGUAUGGGUGGUGGUGGAUUUGGUGGAGGAGCGCGUGGUGGUGGUGGAGGAGGAGGGAUGAAUGGUGGAAUGGGUGGUGGUGGAUUUGGUGGAGGAGCGCGUGGUGGUGGAGGUGGAGGGAUGAGUGGUGGAAUGGGUGGUGGUGGAUUUGGUGGGGGAGCGCGUGGUGGUGGUGGAGGAGGAGGGAUGAGUGGUGGUAUGGGUGGUGGUGGAUUUGGUGGAGGAGCGCGUGGUGGUGGUUUUGGAGGAGGGGGAAUGAAUGGUGGAAUGGGUGGAGGUUUCGGAGCUGGAUUUGGUGGAGGUGGUGGGGGUUUUGGAGGAGGCGAAGGAUUGUCAGGACGUCGUCAAGGUAGGUUGAUCUAAAUAAGAAUUUAAGGUGAUUACAUUCUUUGGAAAAACUACAUUCUUGUAUAUAUCGCAGUUCAUCGGUGAUAUAUAUUGUCGGUGAAGUUAAUGUAUAUUGUCAAAACAAACCUCGUCACCUCUCCUCUCCAUUGCAACUCCAAAACAACUUUGGAAGUUUACCGGCAUGACACAAGCUCAACAUUGAGUUGGGAGAGUGAGGGCUGCGCCAUAUAUGGCAUAUUGAUAUUGUUUAAUUAACAGCAGUAAUUAUAUAUUGACAUUGUCAUAAACACCGGAACUUCCGGUUUAUCGCUAGUCACUCAUGUGACUGCUUGUACUUGUACUACCUAAUCAUAGAACAGCCGAUCAUAUACUAACCCUAAAAUCUUUAAUAGAUAAGUAUGUAAACCAAACAACUAACGGGAAAAUAUAUGCAUGCUUUGUUGAUUUCAGAAAAGCUUUCGACUCUGUUUGGCAUGAUGGAAUGCUUUUAAAACUUCUGCGGAACAAAAUUGGGGGGAAAUUUUACAAUUUGAUUAAAAAUCUUUACUCCAACUCCCAGUGUGCUGUUAAGCAAUCGCAACAUAGAACACCUUUCUUUCCAUACUCCAGAGGAGUUUGACAAGGAUGUAUUUUAAGCCCACUGCUAUUUAAUAUUUAUCUAAACGAUUUGCCCCAAUUAUUCAAUAAUUUAGCCUCUGACCCACUCAUGCUUCCUAACACAACCAAACUGAACUGCUUAUUAUAUGCAGAUGAUCUUAUCUUACUGUCAAGAUCAAAACAAGGCCUUCAUAACUGUUUAGAUCAGCUAAACAGCUGGUGUGAACAAUGGUUAAUGGAAAUUAACUUGAAAAAAACAAAAAUAAUGAUUUUUCAAAAAUCGACUAAAAAACAGCAAAUACCACUCUUUUCUACAGGAAAUAGAAUUUUGCAAAUAACACUCUACACCUACCUAGGACUAAAAUUUACACUUACUGGAAAAUUUACUUUAGCAAUGAAAACUCUAGCUGACAAAGCAAUACAAACUCUGUUCGCUAUAAAGAAAAAAGUUGACUUUUCCAAUUUAAAACCAAAACUAGGAAUUAAAAUUUUUGAAAGCAUAAUAUAUCACCCAUUCUAUAUAAUUCCGAAAUAUGGGGAGCAUUCACUUGUAUUCCAAUAGAAAAAUCCCAUUUAAAAUUUUGCAAACUCUACCUAGGUAUUAAUAAAAAAGCAACUAACGUUGCAUGUAAAGGAGAAUUAGGCAAAUUCCCCCUAUUGAUAAAUAUUCAUAAAAGAAUAAUUAUAUAUAUUAUACAUAUCAACACACUUCCAGAUUCUGUCAUUGUGAAACAAGCAUUUCUACUAUCCAAAAAUCUAUAUUUGAAUAACCAACAAAGUUUUUAUCUAAAUGUAAUGAAAGUACUUAAAUCCUAUGACCCAUUCUUUGAAUUGAAUGAAUUAGAAACCAUCACACAAGAUCAAUUAACCAGAUAUAUUAAUAAUAUCAAAAAUAAAUACACAACUUUUUGGGAACACACACUGAUUAAUUCCUCUAAAUUAUCUUUCCUAUCCUCCUUCAAAUCAGAAUUUAAACUAGAAGAAUACCUUAGUUCUAUAAAGAACCCGUCGUAUAGAAGAUUACUCAGUAGGCUAAAUUUCGAACCAGUUCCCAUAAACUACACAUUGAAUCCGGACGAUACAACAAAACUCCCCGUGAACAACGUUUAUGCGAGAACUGCGACACCAAUGAAAUAGAAGAUGAAUAUCAUUUCACACUUUCAUGUAAAUAUUAUGAACAACAAAGAAAUGAUUUAACAAAUACUCUACAAAAUGACUUUAAUGUACCGUUAAAUUUCCGAACAACUGAUGACUUACUAAACAUAUUGUCAUCGAAUAAUCCCGAUUUGCUCAACAUUUUCUCAAAAUUUCUUUUCGUUUGUUUUAAGAAACGUAAUGAAUGCCUUGAAACUAGGUUACAUUCGAAGUAGUUAACUUUCUUAAAAUUUGAUACUUAUAUAUGAUAAUUAAUUAUUUCAUAAUUCAAAUCUUUGAUAUUGUAAAUAAAUAGUCAGAAAUCCUACAACAUUUGUUAUUUUGUAAAGUAAAGUAAAAUAGAUAUAAAACCUAUUGAUAUUGUUAAUCACAUUUUAUGUAAUAUGUUAUUGAAAACUUUAGCAAUACCUUGUAAAUAAGUCAUGCGAAUAAAGUAAUAAAAUAGAAAUAGACUUCGAGAAUACGAAUUGCUCUGUAAAAACAUACAGUUUUAUCGUUCGUUAUUUAUGAGUCUUUCUUCUUUACUGGCGUGGUGGCAGCGAUUUAUUUCCUUAUCCUUCGAUCUCUAACACAGCAGAGAUCAUAAUACACAGCUCAGAAGAAAGUGUCUCGUACCAAAACAAGGUAAAAGCGAAGCAGUUUUCAGUUGUUCUACGAAUCAGAGCUCGUACAGCAAGACCUCGUGAGUGUCCAUACUAAACGUAAGUCAAUUGUUCGUAUAGUCAGUAGUUGUCUUUCUCGUUAGUAUGGCAAGCAACCGUGCCCCAAAACAGUGGUCUCCCACAAAACAAGAAACAAUAACAUCGUUUGAAGCAUGGCGUCAAAAUUUACAAUAUACAUUAUCGUUAGACCCAAACUUCGCCCCAUUUUUGAUCGAUGGGGUAACCUGGCUAAAAAAGAGCACCGCCGCCCCACUACGCGGUUUCGAAAACGAUGCGAUACUGUACCCGUAGCACGCCGCCGUACUGCAGAGCAAAAAGCAGCCAACUGGAGCUUAUAUCGGGCCAAAUAGCCAAUUAUUGCCCCGUAAUUUCCCGAAAUACUAUUGUCAAAAACUCGACAUCUUUGAGCACUAUUUGGCAAGCGAUUCGGGCUCACUUUGGGUUUCAGUCCACAGGUGGUCAUUUCUUAGACUUUAAUAACAUUCACUUAGAAACUGACGAGCGUCCGGAAGACCUUUACCAAAGGCUUGUUAGCUUCAUUGAUGACAAUUUGCUCAAAGCUAAUGGUGGUAUUCGACACCAUGGUGAAAACGAUACAGCUGAUGAAGACAUCUCCCCAACAAUGGAGAACAUAAUUGUGUUGACAUGGCUACGCCUCAUCCAUCCUUCUUUACCGGCCCUAGUCAAACAGCGCUAUGGUGCUGAACUUCGAUCACAAACUGUCGCGUCCCUCAAACCUGAAAUUUCCCAAGCACUAGACUCCCUCCUUGACGAAAUUAACUCUGCCAACGAUGCAAAAGUCCUCCGUACUGCUUUCCAACAAUCCCUCAAACACCCUCAAUCCAGUAGUCGCCGUCAAACCCCUACAGCCCUACCACGGACAUCUAAAACCCCCAACAAAAAGUUGCCCCUUGUGCAGAGAAGCAGGUCGACAACACCAACACUACCUGAGUAAGGUGCCCCUACCUCCUGGUCGAAGACAAGCAAUACCUCUCCCGCUCAAGACAGGUAGUCGGCACAGAACCGGGGGACCCGCUAUCUGAUUGCGAAGUAGAAGACCUACAAGAUUCCCAUAACUACCGAAUCAAGCCUGACUACCACCAACCGAGUUAGUGUUAAGCAGUCACCCCAUCUCCAGGCCUUCUAUGCCCAUCACCCACUACUCUUGACAUUAGACACACGAGCAGAAACAAGUGUGAUAAAGACCAGCAUUGCCAAUGAAAUUGGAGCUACUAUACAGAAGACUACUCGGAAAGCCCUCCAAGCAGAUGGUAUAACCCAGUUAGCCGUCGUCGGAGAAGUCCAUUUGACUUUGUCCCGUAACCACCUUAAUUUGCAGUUGGAUGCACUUGUCGUUGAUAGUUUGGACGUCGAUGUAUUAGCCGGGACUCCUUUCAUGAUCACCAAUGACAUCUCCCUCCGUCCAUCCAAGCAAGAAGUCACCAUUCAAGGAAGCGAGAACGUGUGUUAUGGCACCAGACAACCAGCUGGGACCAUAGGCUCGGUCCGACGAACACAAAGUACAGUCCUUCGUGCCCCAUCAUCCUCCACCGUAAUUUGGCCAGGACAGUACCUUGAAUUAGACCUUCCCGAUCACGUAGACCCGGAUUCUAUCCUUGCCCUAGAACCCCGUAAGGAUUGUUCUAGAUCAGACUGUGAGUGGCCAAGCCCCCAUAUUGUACAGGCAGUCGCAAGAAAGAUCCGUAUACCCAAUCAGACCCCUCACCCUAAACAUAUCCCUCGUCAUGACCAUCUGUGUCAGGUCCUACCAACCUACAUCCCAUAUCCACACCCCGACGUUCCCAAAUCUAGCAACAGCGCCCCAGUAGCACCCUCCUCUCCUACACCCCAUGAACAUUCCUUAUCUGUCCAGCUGGACCCCGAUUCUAUCCUUUCAAAGAGCAUGCACUCUGAAUUCAGCCGGUUAGUUAAAGAAUAUGACGAUGUUUUUGAUAAAAAUAUCUCUGGAUACAACGGUGCUGCCGGUCGCUUUGAAGCUGUCAUAAAUAUGGGCCCAGUACAACCACCACAACGCAAAGGCAGACUCCCCCAAUAUGCGCCGAACAAGCUGGUCGAGCUUCAACACCAAUUUGAUGAGCUUGAAUCGCUAGGCAUUUUUCAGCCCCCUGAAAACCUUGACAUAACCGUUGAAUACCUUAAUCCAUCAUUCCUCAUUAAAAAGCCAAGUGGAGGACACCGACUAGUCACUGCCUUUGCUGAUGUUGGUCGAUACAGCAAGCCACAACCAUCUCUAUUACCCGAUGUCGAUUCUACCCUCCGAACAAUCGCCAAAUGGAAGUACAUCAUCGUAUCCGACCUUACCAGCGCUUUCUAUCAGAUACCACUUGCUAAAGGUUCCAUGAAGUACUGUGGCGUCGUGACUCCAUUCCGCGGCGUUCGAGUCUGCACCCGAUCAGCUAUGGGCAUGCCAGGGUCAGAAACAGCCCUCGAGGAGCUCAUGUGUCGCAUACUCGGUGAUUGCCUAGAAGAUGGAAUCGGUGCAAAG